CACACUCAUUCAGUCAUUCUCCAUUUUCCUUUUCCCACAAAGAAACACAAACCCUAAGAAACACAAAUUCUGUACCUCGCCGUUACAGACUCACAUUACAUACACCUCGGCUCAGACCUCACUCACUCUCACCAUCACAUGCCAAGUUGUUGACGUCAUCUGCCGCUCCUCUUAGACGUCAUUUCCACUUCUUCUUCUCGAUUUUAUAUUUGUUCAGUUGAUUUUAACUUUUAAUUUGAAGGUCAACAAUGUCAGCUUCAUAUCCUGAGGAUGUUCAAAGCAGUGACCCAGGAUUUACUAGUGCUACUCCGUCCACUUUUGAAUCAGUUAGAUCUUCAGGACAGUCGGAGUCGAUGCCGCUGCCACAGCCGCAGUCCCAACCACAAACACAGACAUAGACGCAGCCACCAUCGCUGUCGCCACGCAGUGAUCAGAACAAUGAAGGAACUAGAUCUAAGAGGAGGAGGAGCAAAGCAAAUGUUACUGAUGAGUCAACUAAUCCUGGCCAGUCUGAGGAACCAGGUACAGGUAACACUAAAAAACCUGUUAGACCUAGAUCUUGGACUUGGGAGCAUUUUAAAAAAGAUGAAAGUGGUCCUAAAUCUAGGGCUAUAUGUAAGUGGUGUGGAGCAUCUUAUGCUGCUGAUUCACAUAAAAAUGGUACUAGCAAUCUUAAAAGUCACUUGUUGAGUCGGUGUAGAAAAUUUUCAAAAGAUUCACUUGAUCCCACACAAAAAGCACUUGUUAUACAGCAACUUAAAAAAGAAGAAGGAAAUGGGAUGGGUAAUUGUUUGACUGUUGUAUCAUUUAAUCCUGAUUUAUGUAGACAAGCUCUUGCUAGAAUGAUAAUUGUAGAUGAGUUGCCUUUUAGAUUUGUCGAAGGAGAGGGGUUUCGUUAUUUCAUGAGUGUUUUGCAGCCAAGACUCCAUAUUCCGGGCAGAAUAUCAGUUGCUAAGGAUUGUUGAAACUUGUUCAUGAAUGAAAAACAUAAGUUGAAGAGUGUCUUUAUAAAUUCAAAUCAAAGUGUGUGUUUGACCACUGAUUGUUAGACUUCUGUACAAAAUCUAAACUAUCUUUGCCUCACUGCACAUUUUAUUGAUCAAGAUUGGAAGUUGCAAAAGAGAAUUCUUAACUUUUGUCUUAUCAAGAAUCAUAAAGGUGAAACAAUUGGUAGAAAGAUAGAAAAAUGUCUUUUAAAUUGGAGAAUAAGUAGGGUCUUUAGCAUCACAGUUGAUAAUGCUAGUUCAAAUGAUGUUGCCAUUUGUUACUUGAAAGGUAGAAUGGAGGAUUGGAAUUCACAUCCUUUAAAAGGUGAACAUUUGCAUGUUAGGUGUUGUGCUCAUAUCUUGAACUUGGUGGUGAAUGAUGGUUUGAAGGAUAUGCAUUCUUCAAUUAGUAAAAUUAGAAAUGCUGUUAGAUAUGUCCGUGCUUCUCCUAGUCGUAUGGAUAGGUUUAAAAGUUGCAUUAAAGAGGCUAGGAUCCAAGACUGCUCUUGUGUGCAAUUAGAUGUCCCCACUAGGUGGAAUUCCACUUACAUAAUGCUUGAUAGUGCUUUAAAAUUCCAAAAAACCUUUAAGAGAUUAAGUGAGAGGGAUGCUGAGUUUGUAAUGAUGCAAGGGGGCAUUCCAAAGAAUGAAGAUUGGGAUAAUGCAAGAUGCUUUGUGAAGUUUUUGAAGAUUUUUUCUGAUGUAACAAAAAAAGUCUCGGGUUCCACAUUUGUGACCUCUUCUUCAUAUUUUCAUCACUUUUGUUCAAUUCUUAGUUCUUUGAAGACUUGGGCUGAUAGUAAUGACAUAUUACUUAAGGGUAUGGCUACAAAAAUGAAGGCUAAACAUGAUAAAUAUUGGGGUAACUUGAGGAACAUGAAUAUGAUGAUUUUUGUUGCUGUGGUACUUGACCCUAGAUAUAAGAUUAAGUUUGUUGAGUGGAGUUUUCAAAGGUUGUUUGAGAAGGAGGAUGCUGAUUUCUUAUGUGGUAAGGUGAAGGAAGUAUUCAAUGGCUUGUUCAACAGCUAUAGGGUUGUUCUCAAUAGUGAUCAAGCACACUAAUCUGCACAACACAGCCCAGAUG